CAGAGUCCGCUCAUCCUGGAAAGAGCGUAGAGGCGCAACUUCUGAAGGUACAAUGCUCUGAGUUCAGUAGGAGUUUUUGAUCAGUGAGUUCGCGAAUGCAUCACCGAAUUCGUACAUUCAGAACAAGUCGAAGUCUACAAUUCUAAGUAUUUGCCUGUUACCGACUGCUUAUCUGGUUUAUCGUGACUGGAUACAUCACCCUCGGAACUUAGACCACGGCCCUGGACUGUGCCUAAAGUGGCUUUAUAAAAGGUGUCCCCCCCAGGUGAUGAGUUCUCUGCUCUUCCCCAGCUGCAGCAUGAAAGACCGUGAGUCGGUGGCCAUCCUCCACUACCAGGGUUCAGGCAAGGCCGGCGCCCAAUUCGCCUCAUCCAGCCUGCACUCCUCGCCCUCCGGCCUGGGCAAGCCCCAGCCCUUCAGCCUGCAGCCUGGCCCACACCUGCUGGCCAGCAUGCAGCUCCAGAAGCUCAACAGCCACUACCAGAGCCUGGCGGGGGCCGGCGGAGGGGCCUCACCGGGGCCCCCCAGGGCUUACAGCGCGACCGCCAUGGGGCCUGGACAGACGGCCCCCGCGGGGGCGGCCCAGGGAGCCAGCAUCAUCGACUCGGACCCCGUGGACGAAGAGGUCCUGAUGUCGCUGGUGGUGGAGCUGGGCCUGGACCGGGCCAACGAGCUGCCGGAGCUGUGGCUGGGCCAGAACGAGUUUGACUUCAUCUCAGACGUUUCCGCUGGCUGCUGACCCCAGGCGGCACUGUCACACCAAUUGGCUCUAUUUCUUUUUUCCUCUCCCACUCUUCUUUUUCCUCUCCGCUGUGCUGAAGAACACCGACCAACCGUGCCACACUGUGGUCCUUUUCUCAGUCCUGUGUGUGUGUAUGUGUGUGUGUGUGUGUGUGUGUUUGCUCAUGUGAGACUGCCUUUAAACCGUCGGCCUUGCAUACUCCCAACCAAGGAGGCUGAAGUUGCUUAAAGUUCCUGUCAAUAUUCUCUCACAAUUGUGGAAGGUGUUGUAAUCGCACCUUGGUGCUUUUUCCCAUCAUUUUUGUUAAGGAGUACAGCUGACUGAGUUCAUAUGCACGGUUAGAGCCACUGAAUUCAAGGAAUCUAGAGAUAUAAUUUUGGGAGUUGGAGGCUGGGGGGUGUAUUAGCUUUCAACCAGAACCAUGCAUUUUUUGUGGUUGUGUAUAUACUAGGGAAAGUACAUGUGCAUGAAUACACAGAGCACUUGAACUGUGCUUGGUAGACUCGCUCUGGAGAUUUGCCCCCCUAUGAGUUGGAGAAGAGAAGAAUGGGACUGUCCCUGCUCUCCCUGUCAUUGAGACAGUGGAAGGUAUAUAACCUUUCUUCCGUCGCUGUCCUGAUUAGAAUCUUCACUCCUUCUUCUUCAUGUCAUUGUGAAAGGACUCUGCCCGGAAGUGUCACUGCACAUCACGCUGCCACGAUGCAAGAUUAAAAAAAGAGGGAUGACGCCCCGCCAGAGGAAGCUCACUGCUAGCUUAAAGCACCUCACUUUUUCUUUUUGACUGUCCUUCAGAGUCGCUCCCUGAUAUUACUGUGAUGUUGCUAUUCCCAGGUCUGGUUCAGUUGACUCGAUCCUCUUACAUGUGUUUGUGAAUAAUACAGUGUCGUGGAAACCCCGUGUGCACACUCGUCUGCCGUCAGAGCUGCGCCGUGCAUUAAGCGCCUGUGCCUUUUGUUUGUUGACUGUAAAAGGAUUCUCUUUUGAUCCUUUAUCAGUUUGGAGCUAAAUGUGAGGCUCUUGAAAUAGCUCCUUGGAGACAAAGGCCUUCACCUGAGCCCGGGGAGGCUGGAUGUCUGUGCCGGCGUGGCUUUAUGGGCCUCCUGUGCAGCAGGGUGGUAUUACCAUCCUGUAACCGAAGGAGGGGCUGUGAAACAGGGAUCUGCUCUGCGCUAUCUGUACUGUCCCAGUGUUAGAAAGGCCUUUGUCUGUGUGUGUGUGUGUUGGGGGUGGGGGUGGUGGUGGUGGCUGUGUGUUGCAUCACACAAAGCUGGUUGCGUUGGCCACACAGGAACCUGAUCUCACCAGCGCUUUCUAUAUUUAAAUAAAUUAAUGAGAGCCGCGUCUGUUUUUCCCCCUCGCCAGUCUUGCCGUCUCCCUGUAAUUCUGUACACACGGCUGGCCAGUUGCAGUUACCCCCCCACCCCCACCCCCUCCCUCUCUCUCCGGUUCUCCCUGAAACGGAGAGCUGACCACUUGCGCUUCCGUGACUACUGUUGCUCAUUACCACCGAAGACUCUUGGAAGCAGAGAAGCUUUUGACCAAAAGACACGGCAGUCUUGUUGCAGAGACAAUUAUUGUCAUGGGGGCUUCAUUUAAAAGAACCUGAGAUCUGAGUGCUUAUGUUUCUGAUGGCAUGAUCCCUGUUAACUUCAAACAUUCUGUUUGAGCACUGAGCCAGGUUAAUCUUCCACUCUUUGUAUUGUUUGUACCAAUUCGUACCAAUUUUUUUGUUCGUAAAACUGUAAAGGCAAUUUCAAUCUGCUGAAGCUGAGGCAAAAUACUGUAUCUACCAGGUCUUUACAACAUGAUGCAAUAGCUAUUGUGCAUUGUGGGCGUGUCAACAACCAAAAGCAAGUGUAAUCCUGAGAAAUGAUCCAUGUUUUAUCAUUAUGAUGUAACUCCAGUUGCUGGAUUACUGGAUUGUGUGUCAUGCUUGUGUGUGUUAUUGCGAGAGGGGAAGAGAGAGAAAAUGAAAGGGAUGAGGAUUGUGUGUGUGUGUGUGUGUUUGCCUUUAAAUUGUGGGUUUGGCUCCAAGGAACCACCACAACAACCAAAAGUAAUUCACUGACUUGUGAUUUCAGCAAACAUUUGCUUGUGAAAAUAUUUUCUUUGGGUCCAAUCACAUGCAACAGUAUAUGAAAGGAACAGCUUGAUUAACCACUACUAUACUUGCUUUCGAUGGUUGUGCCAGUCUGUGUGGACUUUUCUGGCUUUUUUUGUGUACCACAGUCAGUUUUCUUUUUCAUGGGGAUGAAAGCUAAAGAAUUUGAAUAUGGAACCACUUAUUGAAAUAAUAGGGAUAUUCAUUUGGUCACCUAAUUACCAGUAUCGCUUGACAAUGUAUUUCCCAAUUUCAUUGAUAUGGUGACCACGAGGCAUUUGUUUAAGAAAAGAUGGCAACAUUUGUGUUUCUCAUUUUUCCAGUUACUUUUUGUUAUUGAAAUCAUGGAGUGAAUUAUAACCUA